AACUGGGUGACAUUUUAACCAGAAUGUAGUAAUAUAUAACGUGUGAAUGGAGUUUGAUCCCUUCGUCUUUAUUGUGUGUCUGGAUGAGAAUGAAGAAACGAGAAAUCUCCCUUAGUGUUUAAUGUGUGAGACUGGACAUGCCCUAGGAUUUUGACAAUGUGAAAUUACAUCAGGACAAACCAUCUGGAAUUAAACCUGGAGUUUUACUGUCUACCAACAAGUGGAAGACACACAUUCACCUUCUGAAAUUUUAGCAACCUCAGACCUGAUGGCUAGCAGCCAGGGGACCAGUGCAGCCCCCUCCCUGCCCCCAACCACAUCCACUGGAGGUCCAGGGCCACAGGCCACCCUUGUUGUUGUGGACAUUGUGGUACUCGUGGUCUACUUCCUCUUGGUGUUGGCUGUGGGCCUGUGGUCCAUGUGGAGGACCAAGAGGAGCACAGUGGAUGGUUACUUCCUGGCAGGAAAGAGCAUGUCCUGGUGGCCGGUGGGCACCUCUCUGUUUGCCAGUAAUGUUGGCAGCGGGCACUUCAUCGGUCUGGCAGGGUCAGGGGCAGCGGCUGGUAUCGGUGCUGUGGCGUACGAGUGGAAUGGCAUGCUGAUGGUGCUGCUUCUAGGCUGGCUCUUUCUGCCUAUCUAUAUCGCCUCAGGGGUCACAACCAUACCAGAAUUUUUGCAGAGGCGUUUUGGGGGAAAAAGAAUACAAUUAUUUAUAGCAGUUUUGUAUUUAUUUAUUUACAUCUUCACAAAAAUAUCGGUGGACAUGUAUGCUGGAGCAGUGUUUAUCCAGCAGGCCCUCCAGUGGAACAUCUACGUUGCUGUGAUAGUACUGCUCCUCAUCACUGCUGUCUACACUGUAGCAGGUGGACUGGCUGCAGUCAUCUACACAGAUGCUGCCCAGACUGGCAUCAUGUUGAUAGGAGCUCUCAGUCUCAUGGGCUUUAGUUUCGUGGAGGUGGGGGGCUGGAACGGCCUCCUGGAGGGGUAUGCCAGCGCCAUCCCCUCAGUACGUGUCCCCAACACCACCUGCGGCCUCCCCCGUGAUGACGCCUUCCACCUGUUCCGAGAUCCGGUGACCUCUGACCUACCUUGGCCGGGCAUCAUCAUAGGCAUGUCCAUCCCCUCCAUGUGGUACUGGUGCUCUGACCAGGUGAUAGUGCAGCGGUCUUUGGCUGCUAAAAACCUUAUCCAUGCUAAAGGAGGCUCCUUAUUGGCUGCAUACCUCAAGAUCCUGCCCUUCUUUAUGAUGCUACUUCCUGGCAUGAUCAGCAGAAUACUCUACCCAGACGAGGUGGCUUGUGGGGACCCAGAUGUGUGUAAAAAGGUGUGUGGGAACAGCGUGGGCUGUUCAGACAUUGCCUACGCUAAACUGGUCAUGGAGCUACUGCCUUCGGGUCUGCGUGGUCUGAUGAUGGCGGUGAUGAUAGCGGCCCUCAUGUCCUCCCUCACCUCCAUCUUCAACAGCUCCAGCACCAUCUUUACCUUGGACCUGUGGAGGCACCUCCGACCGAGGGCCUCCGAGUGGGAGCUCAUGAUCGUGGGCAGGAGUUUUGUGCUGGUGCUGGUGGCGAUCUCAGUGGUGUGGAUACCUGUGGUUCAGGCCAGCCAGGGAGGUCAGCUGUUCAUCUACAUCCAGUCCAUUAGUACGUACCUCCAGCCCCCUGUCUCCAUAGUUUUCCUGGCUGGCUGUUUCUGGAGGAGGACCAAUGAAAAGGGGGCAUUCUGGGGCCUUGUCCUGGGUCUGCUUGUGGGCUGUGUAAGGAUGGUUCUGGACUUUGUCUAUCCUGUACCCUUGUGCUUCGAAGAGGACACCAGACCUGUGGUGGUGAAGGACGUCCACUACCUCUACUUCUCCACCAUGCUGUCUUUGUUCUGUAUGCUGGUGGUGGUGUCUGUCAGCCUGGCCACGGAGAAGCCCAGCCCAGAGCAGAUCAGUCGCCUUACCUGGUUUAGCAGGUUUGACCCUGUGGAUGAGCCCAAGGUGGACCUAGAGGUGAGGAGCACCGAGGAGAUGAGCAGGGUUCCAGAGGAGGUGGAUAUGGACAGAGAGGAGACCACCGUGGUGGAGCAGGAGCAGAAGGAACAAGUGCACAAUGAAAGGAAAGACUCUGCAGCCAGUGGGGGUAGCCAGUCCAGGUUGACGAAGGCUCUCUAUUGGCUGUGUGGGAUGGAGCGUCAGAGGGAGACCACCCCGCAUGCCCCGCCCCCACCCAGGGACACUGUGUCUUCUCUAGAGGAGAAGCCCUGCCUUCGCAACGUGGUCAACGCCAAUCUUCUCAUCUGUCUCUCUGUGAUAGUCUUCAUCAUCAGCUACUGGGCCUAACGAGAUACUCUGACCAGCCAAUGGCAAUAAAGAUAUGAUAAUCCUC